AUGGGAGCUAUAUUUUGUACCAAUAUUAAUGGUCAGUAUAUCCGUUGGAAUCACAUUAGUAUUUUAUACGAGCAAGAUAGCAAAUUACCAGGCAAUUUAAGGGAUUGUCCAAAAUUAUCCAGAAACCAUGUACAUCUUAGUGUUUCUGAUAAAAUAAGAGUACGGCUGGCUACCCAAUUGUUAAGUAAUUCUGUUGCUAAUGGCUUAAUGUUUUAUAAAAAAUAUAAUAUUCCUGGCUUAAAUGAUUGUGAUCCAAUAUCCGAAUUUUGUCAAAAGUUUAAUGAUUGUUUGGACGCACUGAACAGAAAAUUUGGUGCUGAAGGACUAAGAGUUAACGGCAAAGACUUUCAGAUGGAAGUAAAAAAAUCAGAAUUUUUAUCUGAUAGCACUGCUUGUGGGCUAAGAAUUACAAUUCAAUCUACUCUUGAACUUUCUGGUUAUUUAAAGUCAUGCUGGAACUUUAAAUAUCUAUUAACAGGGAAAAUUAAUCAAGAUAAACUUGAAAUGUUUUUUGGAACAAUUCGGCAAGCUGCUGGCCAAAAUGAUCAUCCUUCAACCCCUAAUUUUCUCCAAUUGUAUAAACUACUAUCUACUUACAGCAUUUUAAAGCCUCCCAAGAAUGGAAAUUGUACUGUACAUGAUGAUUCUCCAUUAAAACCAAUUAUAUCUAUGACAGAUUUGAAAGAUAUUUAUCAACCUAUAAAAUAUGACUUUGUUGAAAAUUUAAAAACUAAAUUAAACAAUAUCAUUGAAGAAAAAGAAUGGGAAUUCAAUGAUGUUGUUGAACAUGAUUAUACUAAACCGGAAAUUAUAGAUUGUUUAAUUUAUUAUUUAACAGGUCAUAUUUUAUUCAUAUUAAAAAUUUUAAUUGAUACACAAAAUAAAGAUUUAAAAUUAUUUCAGGUUGCCUAUCAAAAUAACUGUUGA